AUGACCCUUACAGUUAAGAAAGAGGUUACACAGCAAAUGGCAUUGAUCGACAAUUUGAUCCAACAUCGUCAGCCUGCAGCAAAUAACAAGCACAUGACUCAAUUAUUCUCAGAGCAUUGUGUGCGUUCUGCCAUGCGAUGGUUUAUUGACAUGGAGAACAUCGCCAACACGCUUCGAUUGUUUGAUCUAUUUUUAUCAUAUGACCAUCCAUGGAUGCCAUUCUACUUUGCAGCUGCACUUGCCAUGGCUCAACAUACACCACGGGAUAUCAUUUCUACCCAAGAGCUUGAAACAUUGAUAAAUAAGGCUAUAGAAUUAGAGCACGGACAUAACACGGUUGUCGAUCAUUCAAGGAUAGAUAUUUCAAGAGUACUUUAUGAUCCUACUUUGAUGGUAGUAGCCAGCAUGGCACUACUUGCUAUGGUGCCAUCAGGAAUGAGCACAUUAAGUGAUCUAUCAUCCAAAGUAUUCUCUUCCUUUUUCAUAUAA